UCUGCUUAUACAAAUCUAAGUUCAAAGAGAGAUAGACGGGUGUCAGAGCAUGAUGGAAGCUGAACUAAUGGGACUUUGGACAUUCUGAGGACUCUACAGCCAGGGGAUUCUAACACCAAAUAGAACAUAAUGACGGAAGAACAGAGGAGAAGGACGUCGGUUCUGCAGGGCGAUAAGAGUAAAUGGAUUACUCCAUCUUGUCUUCCAGAGCUUCUCCAGCUGAAAUCAUUGUAUCCCCUAGCUCCCCUGGUGGUCGGCAAUACUUUAAUUGGACCGCCAGUCAAUCUAACGGAAUCAUUUUAUCCAGUUAUCAUCUCCCCAGCCAGAGUUCCAGAGCUGAGCAUUGUGAAUUUUGCUGAGAAAGGUAUCACUAUUGGAGCGGCUUGCAGCCUAGCCCUGAUACGAUCUUUUCUGUGUGAAGCCGUGUCUCAGAUACCAGCAGAGAAAACCAAGCUCUUCCAAGUCAUUCUGCAGCAAUUGGCGGGGCCACAGAUACGAAGUGAAGCCUCCCUCGGAGGGAGCAUUCUUAGCGAAAGCUCUACCUGGGACCUGAACCCUAUUCUGGCUGUUGGCAACUGCACAUUCAACCUCGCAUCAGAAAACAGGAAACGCCAGGUUACUCUGAAGCAGUUAGUUUUUGAUGAAACUGGAGCAUCAGCUUUGAGGCCGGAAGAGAUUCUCAUCUCGAUCAAUGUCCCUUUCUCCAAGAAGUGGGAGUUUGUCUCAGCUUUCCGACAGGUGCAGAGAUGGGGAAGUACAGCACCUACGGACAUUGCUGCAAUGAGAGUUAUGCUGAAAGAAGGCACAGACCUCAUCAUGUCUAUGAACAUUUAUUAUGGUGGCUCUGAAUCAGCUUGUAUGUUUGCAAAGCACGUCAGUGAAAUGCUUGUUGGCAGACGAUGGGAUGAGACAAUGCUGGAUGAAGCUUGUAGAUUAUUUCUGGAAGAGACCCCUCUGCAGGAAUCAGCCUUUGGGAUGGUGGAGUAUGAGCGAACACUGGCGAUCAGCUUCCUCUUUCAGUUCUACCUCCAAGUGUCAAAGGAAUUAAAGAAGACCUUGCAUUUUCCACACUCUGAUACAGCUGACUUUCAGUACACAACAGUUUUCAGCAAGUCAGCCAAACAGUUCCAUCAGCAAACUUCCAAUGGCUUCCUCACUAACAAAGCUGAACAUAUGACUCAUCCAUAUGAAGAGGAAGAACCGGUAAAUUUCCAACCUCAUGCUUUACAAACCAUUACAGAAGAGGAUGAUGGAGAUACAUCUAUUGUGGAUGGGGAACUAUUUUUGGCAUUAGUUACAAGCACCAGACAUCAUGCUAAAAUCAUAUCCAUUACUACAGAAGAUGCAUUAAAGGCCCCAGGAGUGGUUGAUGUGAUAACCUCUGCUGAUGUUCCUGGAAUAAGCAACUCAAAUUUAUUUGCAGAGAAUGAGGUGACUUACAUUGGACAGGCAAUAUGUGCCGUGGUAGCAAACACACAGGACCAUGCUAAUACAGGAGCUCAACGAGUACGGGUAGAAUAUGAAGACCAGGAACCUGUUAUACUUUCUAUUCAGGAUUCAAUAAAGCACAAUUCCUUCUUUGGGCCACUUAGGAAAUUAGAGCAUGGGAACGUAGAUGAAGCUUUUGAGUGUGCGGAUCAUAUUCUAGAAGGUGAGGAAUAUAUAGAAGGACAGAAUGGUCUUCUGCAAUCCCAGACUGUACGGGUCAUUCCUAGAAUAGAAGAAAAUGAAAUAGAAGUGUUUAUAUCAACCCAGGAUCCAGCAUCAAUACAGGCUGCAGUGGCAUCCGCUUUAAACAUUCCCUCUGAUUACAUCCUGUGUUGUUUGGAGAAAAGGAAACACACAGAGCUCUCGCACACGGCCUCUCAAGCUGCUAUCACGGCUGUAGCUGCUCAUAAAACCAGUCAAACUGUUUCCUCUGUUAUUCAACAUAGAGAAAAAUCAUUUAUAUUAAGACAUCAACCUCCAUUCUUUGGCAAAUACAAGGUUGGUUAUAUGGAUGAUGGGAGGAUUGUAGCAUUAGAUGUGACAUAUUACUGUAAUGCUGGACACAGACCUGAUGAAUCCUUUCAGGUGCUUACCGCGUGCUUACUGAGUGCACAAAAUGCUUAUAGUAUUCCCAACAGCAGGUGCACUGUUGUACCAUGCAAAACAAAUCUCCCAUCCAAGAAAUUCUACUCUGAAUAUGGAUUUGCACUUGCAGCAAUGCUACCAGAGAUUUGGAUAGAUACAGUAGCAGACAGAUGUGGAGUGCUACAUGAAAAGGUACGACAUUUAAAUCUGUAUAAAGAACAUAGCGAAACACCAUUUAAAGGAGACUUUAAUGCAAACAGUCUUUUGGAUUGCUGGGAUGAGUGCUUGAAGAAGUCAUCUUACCAUCAGAGAAGAGCUGCAGCAGCAGAAAGUAACAAAGUGCAUGCGUGGAGGAAACAAGGCUUCUCCAUCAUUCCUGUCAUGUUCCCUGCUGGACUCAUUGCCAACUUCCUUGGUCAGGCAUCUGUACUGGUUCAUAUAUGUACAGAUGGAUGGGUGCUGGUGACACCUGCCGGAAGUGACUUGGCAAAGGAGACACUGACAAAAAUGAUGCAGGUUGUGAGUAGAGAGUUCCGAGUCCCAAUGGCUUACAUCCGCAUCAGUGAAACCGGUACUGCCUUUGCAAUAGAGAAAGAUGUCCAACUAUCAUCUUAUGAUGUUCAAGUUCACCUAAUGGCAGUGCAGGAAGCAUGUCAGACCCUUCUGAAACGUCUGCAACCAAUCAUCUGUCUGCAUCCAAAUGCCACUUGGAAGGAAUGUAUCCAAGAAGCUUUCCGGCUCAAAGUAUGCCUCUCAGCAGCUUUUCACUACAGGUCUCCUGACCAAGUCUCUGAUUGGGAACUGAAGACGGGUACACAAAAUCCAGAUUUUAUAUUUGGAGCAGCAUGCACUGAAGUGGAGCUAGAUUGCCGCACAGGAAACCACAAGAAUCUAAGAACUGAUGUAGUGAUUGAUGUUGGAUCCACCAUGAAUGAGGCUGAAGUUACUGAACAGGUAAAAAAUGCAUUAAACCAAGGACUUGGCCUUUACAUAAAUGAAGAUUUGAAGUAUGUGCUGCCAUCAUCUUUCACUAAUGGAGGGCAGUCCAUUCAAGCAGCUGCUGUGAGCAGUAAAUAUGCGCCUGAACAGCUCAGUGUCUCUCUACUACCAUCAUCUCCCAACCCGAAUGUGAAAUGUUCUCCCAAGGCUCUCGAAGAGGUGUCACUCUUUCUCGGCUCCUCUGUGUUCUUUGCCAUAAAGGAUGCUAUACUGGCUGCCCGACAACACAUUGGCUUGCCUGGAACUAUUUUACUACCCAUACCUGCUAGACCUCAACAUAUCCGGAUGGCUUGUGGCAAUCACCUUAUAGAAGCAGAACAGACAUCAAACACACAAGAACCGACUGUGGAUAGUCACACAGCAGAAACUUGAUAUCUAAUAAUAAUUCACUAGAGUACCAAUUAGCAUUGAAGGGUUCACUGAGAGACACUUAC